AUGCUGCGAGAGAUCAAUUCUGAUAACGAAGAACAAGUACAAAGUCUGGAAUAUCAAACUGUUUCUGAAACUAUUAAUACCGAAAAAUCAGAAUUAGUUGUUGAAUUGAAUGAUAUAAAAAGUAUUGAUAUAAAUAAAAAAGAUUCAUUAGUUUCAAAUUAUGAAGUUGUAAACACAGAUGAUGAGGAUGAAUUUUUAGAAAACCUACAAAAAGGAAUCGAAUCCCUAAAUAAAGAUAAUCGCCUUUUAAAAGAUUAUUUAUCCCACCAACACAAAGAUAUAUAUGAAAGUAUUCGUGCUUUACAGAAAGAUAUAGAAAUUUAG